GAUGGCAUCCUUGCAUUCAUCGGGAUCCACACAACUCCACCAAGGUACGACUGCGCUGUGUACCACACCAUCUGAGAGGAAGAGAAGGUCAAAAAGACCAUGGCGCUUCCUGUCUCCUUCCUUCCUUGUUGAAGUUGCUUCGUCUCGUUGGAAGCAGUGAGAACCAGAUAAAGUUGCGGUUUUUGGAGGUAUCCACCCAAGUUUUUGUGGUCGGAGUUGAAGGGCGUGCUGGGGGCGGGUUCGGCUUUAUUUGCUGCCCUUUGCUGCACGCUAAAGGGCGGGUUUCCCGUGCCCUUUGAUCUGGUUUCUCCGUUUAAGAGGCGGAGGAGGAGCGAGGGGGAGGGGGAGUGGGAGUGGGAGUGGGAGUGAAGGAAAGGUGAGAACUUGGUGGGCGAGAUGUCACGGGAUUCGCUGGAGAGGCAUGCGUCCAUCGACGCGCAGCUGAGGCUCCUGGCGCCGGGGAAGGUCUCCGAGGACGAUAAGUUGGUGGAGUACGAUGCGCUGCUCGUCGAUCGCUUCCUCGACAUCCUCCAGUGCUUGCACGGCGAAGAUCUCCGGGAAACGGUUCAAGAGUGCUAUGAGAUAUCUGCAAAGUAUGAAGGGACAGGUGACCCGAGUAAGCUGGAUGAGCUGGGGAAUGUUCUGAUGAGUCUCGAUCCUGGAGACUCUAUCUUGGUUGCCAGCUCCUUCUCCCAUAUGCUUAACCUGGGCAAUUUGGCCGAGGAGGUCCAGAUUGCUUACCGCAGGAGGAACAGGCUGAAGAAGGGAGACUUUGUUGAUGAGAAUAAUGCGACCACCGAAUCCGACAUCGAAGAGACGCUUAAAAGGCUCGUGGAGCAGCUUCAUAAGUCACCAUUGGAGGUCUUUGAUGCUCUGAAGAACCAGACAGUUGAUCUGGUUCUAACUGCACAUCCAACACAGUCAAUUCGAAGAUCACUGCUCCAGAAACAUUCCAGGAUAAGGAAUUGCAUGACAGAGUUGACAGCCAAGGAUAUUACUCCUGAUGAUCAGCAUGAACUUGAUGAAUCUCUUCAGAGAGAGAUUCAAGCUGCAUUUCGAACUGAUGAAAUCCGAAGAACACCUCCCACUCCACAAGAUGAGAUGCGUGCAGGAAUGAGUUAUUUCCAUGAAACGAUAUGGAAAGGUGUACCAAAAUUCUUACGUCGUGUUGAUACCGCUCUGAAGAACAUUGGAAUAAAUGAGCGUGUUCCUUAUAAUGCUCCUCUCAUUCAGUUCUCCUCCUGGAUGGGUGGAGAUCGAGAUGGUAAUCCCAGAGUCACUCCAGAGGUCACAAGGGAUGUAUGCUUGUUGGCUAGAAUGAUAGCUGCAAGUUUGUACUAUUCUCAGAUAGAAGAUUUGAUGUUUGAGUUAUCAAUGUGGCGCUGCACCAGUGAACUUCAAGAACGAGCAAAUGAACUUCACCAGUUGACAAAAAAAGAUGCAAAGCACUAUAUAGAAUUCUGGAAACGAAUCCCUCCAAAUGAGCCAUAUCGUGUUAUUCUUGGUGAUGUGAGGGAUAAGCUGUAUAAUACACGCGAACGUUCUCGCCAUCUUUUGACAAAUGGAUUUUCAGACAUACCUGAGGAAGCAAUUUUUACCGAUGUUGAGCAGCUUCUGGAACCCCUUGAGCUGUGUUACAGGUCACUUUGCUCUUGUGGUGAUAGAACUAUUGCUGAUGGAAGCCUUCUUGACUUCUUGCGCCAAGUAUCUACGUUUGGCCUUUGUCUUGUUAGACUUGAUAUCAGGCAAGAAUCUGAUAGGCACACUGAUGUUCUUGAUGCUAUCACAAAUCAUCUUGGAAUUGGGUCGUAUCACGAGUGGCCUGAAGUAAAACGUCAGGAAUGGUUGUUAUAUGAACUCAGAGGCAAGCGCCCUCUUUUUGGUCCUGACCUUCCACAAACAGAGGAAAUUGCUGAUGUUUUGCAGACGUUCCAUGUCAUAGCAGAACUUCCUUCCGAUAGUUUUGGAGCCUACAUCAUCUCAAUGGCUACUGCUCCAUCAGAUGUGCUUGCAGUGGAGCUCCUGCAACGUGAAUGUCAUGUGAAGAAACCACUGAGAGUUGUGCCACUAUUUGAAAAACUUGCAGAUCUUGAGGCAGCGCCUGCUGCUUUAGCUCGAUUGUUUUCAAUAGACUGGUAUAUGAACAGGAUUGAUGGAAAGCAGGAGGUUAUGAUUGGUUAUUCUGAUUCUGGGAAGGAUGCUGGUCGUCUUUCUGCAGCUUGGCAAUUAUAUAAAGCUCAAGAAGAGCUUGUGCAGGUUGCUAAGCAAUAUGGCAUUAAGUUGACAAUGUUCCAUGGACGAGGUGGGACUGUCGGAAGAGGAGGUGGUCCUACACAUCUUGCUUUACUCUCUCAGCCACCAGAAACAAUUAAUGGAUCACUUCGUGUGACAGUUCAAGGUGAAGUAAUUGAGCAAUCAUUCGGUGAGGAGCAUUUAUGCUUUAGAACACUUCAACGUUUCACUGCAGCAACUCUCGAGCAUGGAAUGCACCCUCCGAUUUCACCGAAGCCAGAGUGGCGUGCGCUGAUGGAUGAGAUGGCUGUGGUGGCCACAGAAGAGUACCGGGCAAUAGUUUUCAAGGAACCACGUUUUGUUGAAUACUUCCGACUGGCCACACCUGAAACAGAAUAUGGUAGGAUGAACAUCGGCAGUCGGCCAUCAAAAAGGAAGCCUAGUGGGGGGAUAGAAUCUCUUCGUGCAAUUCCAUGGAUAUUUGCUUGGACUCAGACAAGGUUUCACCUUCCCGUGUGGCUGGGCUUUGGUGCAGCGUUCAAGCAUGUCAUGGACAAGGAUAUCAGAAAUCUUCAGACACUAAGGGAGAUGUACAAGGAGUGGCCCUUCUUCAGAGUCACAAUAGAUUUGGUUGAGAUGGUCUUUGCAAAGGGAGAUCCAGGGAUAGCUGCCUUAUAUGACAAAUUACUUGUUUCUGAUGAGUUAUGGCCAUUCGGGGAGCGACUGAGAGCCAACUAUGAAGAGACAAAACACCUUCUUCUUCAGGUUGCUGGUCACAGGGAUCUUCUUGAAGGUGAUCCUUAUCUGAAACAACGUUUACGGCUGCGCCAUGCUUACAUAACAACUCUAAAUGUCUGUCAAGCUUAUACAUUGAAGCGGAUGAGGGACCCCAACUUCCACGAAAAUGUGAAGGCCAAGGAUAUCGAGUCAAAUGAUUCAGCAUCAGAUCUCGUGAAGCUGAAUCCAACUAGUGAGUACGCGCCUGGCCUGGAAGACACUCUCAUCUUGACAAUGAAGGGCAUUGCUGCUGGCAUGAGGAACACCGGUUAGAUGUGUCCUUUGCUAUCCUUUCCAGUAUCAUGUGCUUGUGCGACUUUUUAUUGAUGUUGAAGAGUCCAACAGUUGGUUUACAAACUGUUUGUAACUUUCCGUAUCUAUUCACUUCUCUUGUCGUACAAACCGGUCAUAGUUUAUG